CAAACAGCGAACACAUCUGCUCACGCAAAGCCUCUCAGUUUCGAGUCGUCAAGACCAAAUACACACACAAGUGACACAGCACACUCACAACAACACUCACAACAAACAAACUCUUCAGAAGCACCGCAAGCGAGAACCACAACCAUGUGCACCACGUUCGCCGACUACUGGGAGUGCGGCCACUUCCGGCGCAACCGCCUCGUGCUCUGCUCGCGGCGCUUCUGCUACCUAGGCGACGAGCGCGGCAAGACGUACGUCGGCACCUGCGGCCGCUCCGCGUGCGAGGCCGCCAAGUACUACGACCACGAGGACGACUGUGAGGAUGACGACAACAGAAGGAAUGGCCGGUACUACUACUACUACGUGCGUCGCCGGCGGGCGAGGCGGUAUUCUUGAGGGAUGAGACUGGACGGGGACGGGGUUGGUGUUAGGGUUAACUGGACUGGAUCGGAUUAAGGAUUCACGAGUGUAUGAAUUGAUUGUGGUAGGAUUUUGUUUCUGUACCACUGAGGCUUGGGUCGGGAACUGGGUUUUCUUUUCGCAUUUCAGUCAUCUGGACAGAGGUGUGUACAUUGCUCGGCGUUCACGAAGGAUCUCAUGUUGGAUAUUGUUUGGGUUGAUACCUGUUAGGUAGAAUAAAUAGAUACGAUGGUGAUGGACACUGGGCGGAUAGUUCAGAAUGAUUCACCUUUUGGAUGGGCUUUACACCUUGUUUUUUACGGUCUUUGGCUUUUGCUU